AUGGCUUCUUCAGCCGCCGUUCCAUCCCUGCUCUUCUGCUUGGUGCUCCUUGUUUCACCUUACCUUGGCUACUCCUGCCCCACCAGCUACACCCAUGGACGGAGCAGCAGCGAUGGGGUGCCUGUGCUGCACCGGCUGAGUCCAUGCUCCCCUCUCGGCGGCGCACGGAACCAGGAAAAGACGACGACCGUGGCCGACGUCCUCCACCGCGACGCGCUCCGCCUCCGCUCCCUUCGCGGAGAGGACAACCAUGGGGCCCCGGCCCCUGCGCCCGGACCGUCAGCACCUGGCGGUGGCGGGGUCUCCAUCCCCGUCAGAGGCGACCCGAUCGAAGCGCGGCCCGGGGCGUUCGAGUACCACGUCGUGGCUGGCUUCGGCACCCCGGCGCAGGAGCUCACCGUGGGGUUCGACACCUACACCUCGAGCGCGACGCUGCUCAAGUGCACGCCGUGCGCCGCCACGGAGCCGUGCGACCAGGCCUUCGAGCCGUCGGCGUCGUCCUCCCUCGCUCAGGUCCCCUGUGGCUCGCCGGACUGCCCGUUCCAUGGCUGCUCCGGACCCAGCUGCACUUUUAGCCUCGGCACCAACAAUACUUUGCUGGGCAACGUAACCUUCAUGACCGACAAGCUCACGCUGACGUCGUCGGCCACCGUGGAAAACUUCAGGUUCGCGUGCCUGGAGGCCGGCUUCAGGCCGAGGGAUAACUCCACCGGCAUCCUCGACCUCAGCCGGAACAGCCACUCGCUGGCGUCACGCGCUCCUUCCUCGCCGGGCACGGUCGCCUUCUCCUACUGCCUGCCGUCGUCCCCAAGUACGGUGGGCUUCCUCUCCCUCGGCGCCCCCAAGCCGGAGCUCUCCGGGCGCAAGGUGAGCUACACCCCGCUGCGGAGCAACCCUGGCAACGGAAACAUGUACGUCGUGGAGCUCGUGGGGGUGGGCCUCGGCGGCCGUGACCUCUCGGUCCCGCCCACCGCAUUCGCCGGCGACACGCUCGUCGACCUGCACACGACCUUCACCUACCUAAGGCCCGAGGCGUACUCGGUCCUCCGCGACAACUUCCGCCAGUGGAUGACGGAGUACAAGCCGGCGCCGCCUCUCGGCGUGCUCGACACGUGCUACAACUUCACCGGGCGGAACUUCUUCUCCGUGCCGGCCAUCACGCUUAAGUUCAACGGCGGGGCAGACGUCGACAUGUCCAUGAAUGGGAUAAUGUACUUCCCUGACCCCGGCAACCACUUCUCCAUCGCGUGCCUCGCUUUCGCCGCGGCGCCGACGAACGCGCGGGAGGCAGCGGUGGUCGGGAACAGGGCGCAGUCCUCGAUGGAGGUGGUUUACGACGUGCGCGGAGGGAAGGUUGGGUUCGUCCCGUUCCGCUGCUGA